CAACGUCCUCAUAUAAGAUAUGCUGACAGCCGCAUUAAUAUUUUAAUGGCUAUUCGAGAUGUAGACGUUUGACCCCGGUACUCCUGUUUCACUGCGCCUGGAGAUAGGGGCGAGUCAGUGUCGUAGGCUCCGAUGUCGAGAACGAAAGCCCAUCACAUACCUUACAUUCCGUACUAAAUUCUUCUGGGCUUGUCAAAAUACGUUGCCUGUCCUCAGCUCGGUUUACGGAGACAACAUCAUCAUAAUGUACAAUCCAGGCACUCGAGUCGACCCGCUUAGUAUUCGUUUCGUCUCCUGAAUUGGACAAAUAUACCCAGGAUUUCUAGCAAAGACGACGGGUUGCAUCACGAGACACAGAUAUAGUGAAAUUCACCUGGAGUCUUCCCCGUUCAAACCUUUGUAGAAUUCGGAAAACAAGUUAAGUUGGUCAGCAUGUCUGCGAAGAAAGAGUCUAUGACUGAUCAUCAACUCCAUUUAGCAGCUCUGCAGGGGGAUCUGAACAAACUACGGCUAAUUCUGGACUCGGGCAAAGUUCACGUUGACUGCAAAGACAAGGAUGGGACUACUCCUUUGAUCUUGGCGGCUGCCAAUGACCACCUGGAGUGUGUGAAGGAGCUUAUAAAUGAGGGUGCUGACCCCAACGAAAGGAGAACAACCGGGACCACAGCUCUCUUCUUCGCGGCACAGGGAGGUUUCUUAGAGAUUGUUAAAGAACUCAUAGAGCAGGGAGCACAGAUCGACUUACCAAGCGAGGAUGGUGGAACACCGUUGUUUGUCGCAUGCCAGUGCAAUCAUCUCGAUGUCGUCAAGGAACUCGUAGCACGGGGAGCUGAAAUACAUAGAACAAUGACGGACGGAGCUACCCCUCUUUUCAUCGCAGCUCAGAACGGUCAUUAUAAUAUGCUGAAGUACUUAAUAUCACAAGGAGCAAAGGUCGAUCAAACGAGAAAGGACAAAGCUUCGCCGUUAUGGAUAGCAGCUCAGAUGGGACAUAGUGAAAUCAUCAAGGAGCUUCUCUUAUCGGGAGCAAAGGUGGAUGAAGCAAGGGAGGAUGGGGCAACCCCGCUUUUCAAGGCAGCGCACAAGGGCUACACAGACUGCGUAAAUGACCUGAUAAUGAAGGGUGCUUCGCUUGGACUACUGCAGAAUGGUGAGACAGCUCUCCACGCAGCGGCACUGUUCGGUCAUCUUAAAGUGGUGAAACAACUAAUUGAAUCCGGGUCGGAUGUCACACUAAAGAACAAGGAUAACGUCACAGCAGCUGAAAUGGCCAAGGACGCUGGAUUUGACGUCAUCGCUGAGUUCCUCACGAAAAGCGCAGCUUCAAAGUCGUAAAAAUAGGACAAAGGUACCAUGUGCUGUACAUCAUUGGUGUCGAACUCUGAUAGUACUAAAAGCAAAGAGUCGAAAAUGCUGAAGGAAGGUGUACUGAGCGUGGGCUGACUGUAUAGGUCCGUGUUUUGAUUCAGAUCUAUGGCUAUCCUUCUGAACGCUGUGAAAUGACCUAUAGCAUCUAAGCAGACUGCCGUCCUUGAGGGCGCUGUUGAAAGAUAUCUACCAGGAUUAUGGUUGUUUUGGGAACAAUGCAAAGAUUUGCUGUUUGAUAGUUCCUGGUGCUUAUGGAAAAUAUUUUUUUUGUGAUUUAAAUGAUCAAAAUGGUCCACGUCGUCACAAGCACGUCCAUCCUUAGAUAUUUUCUGAAGGGCGUUGUAGAACCAUCGGAAGUUUUCUCAGUAUUACCUUUUUUGGAUACACGAUACACAUUGUGUCGCAAACUCAUGAUGUUAAUAGAACAAAUACCUGCAGAAGUUUAUGACAUAAUUGUUUGCAAAGGUAUUCAGAACUGUUUGACAAUGUUGAUUGUAUCUUCUCCUUGGCGUCUGAAUAUUCUAUUCUUUCGAAUAGCAAAGGUCCUAUUUUGAUGUGAUCACGACAAAAAUCUUUGUUAUCUGGGAGUGAGAUAUAUUGUAGGAGCGAUCCAACUCGGUCGCCUGGAGCGGAACAAAAUAUGGACAAUAUUUAAAAGUAUGUUCGCUACUUCAUGAGAUUGACAAAUGUGGCAUGAAGGUCAUAAUACAUUAUCACGUGUAAUUUAUUUAGUUAUUCAGCAUGUCACUUUGAACAUGAUUGGCUUGUGCAGUGACUUGAAUAUCAAUAUAUCGAGGCUGUUCGAAAUUCGUUUAGAUAAAAACAUACUUGAAAUAAUAUUCCUACCGACAAUAGUCUGAGAAUAAUGAUUGGAGAGGCACAAUUCAAAAUCAGAACGCCGUGUUGCUGCCAACGUAUCUAUAUAGGCCAACCGAUGACAGGCUUAAGCCAAAUAGCUGGAUACACCGAUACAAGAUUUUUUGCACUACUUACCAAAUGGCUUUAUUUAUGCUGAUUUUGAAACAUUAUAGACUGUUCUCAUCGACCAGAAUCAUGCUAUGGGAGAUGUGUUGUGUAAUUGCAUGCAUUUUUAUUGUAAACAGAAAAAAAUAUGUUUGCUUUUUCUUUUUAUCCCAUGAUAGAUAGUUUCAAAGGUCUUUCAAAUGAAAAUAAUAUGUAUUUAUUACCAAAAAAUAGGGGAAUCUAAUGCUUUUGGAGAUAGAGCCUUUGGGGAAAAUGACGCCACAAUGGAAAAAUCAACGUCAUGAUAUGAGAACACGAACAAACAUUGACAGAUCAAAUCUGUGAUAAAAAAACUUACCUUUUUAAAUUUAAUUGUGGGGCCAUACCAACAUUAAGAAACGACACACACACUCAAGGGGG